GUUUGUGCCUAACAAGCUUCAUGGUCGGUCAUGGAACUGCUGCAGUUCACAUGUCUGCUUUUACUUAUCAGCUUGAAAUGUUUGACAGGUUUUGGCCAGCAGUGUGGGGGUAACCAGUGGCAGUGUGAUGAUGGAGCUUGUCUGCCUCUUUCCUGGCACUGCGAUGGAAAUGGAGACUGUAUGGACGGCUCUGAUGAAAUGGCCUGCCCCUGUCCUAGGGGCCAGGUUGCCUGCAUGGCCGGGGCUCCUGGUUGUGUAAGUACCUCUGCAGUAUGUGAUGGGCUGCGCCAGUGUUCUGAUGGGUCUGAUGAGUUUAACUGCCCAGAGAACCAGGGCUGUCUGCAGGGGGACUGGAGGUGUAGGAAUAAGAUAUGCAUCCCCAAGGAUCUAUACUGUAACGGUGCUAACGACUGUGUGGACAACUCUGAUGAGGCCUGUGGCCGGUGUGGUCCAAUGGCUGUGCGUUGUCCUGGAGGGGCGUGUCUGACUGAAGAUGAGAGAUGUGAUGGAAAAUUGCACUGCUCUGAUGGCAGUGAUGAACCCUCUACCUGUGGGAGGACUUGUUCAGAAGAGAACGGUGGCUGCAGUCACUCCUGUGUGGAUAAGCCCUGGGAGCCCUCUGCUCCUGUCCUAAAGGCCAUAGGCUAUCUGCUGACGGAGCCUCCUGUCUGGAUGUGGAUGAAUGCGCUCUGCCUUACGGUCCAUGCAUGCACUUCUGUGUCAACACACCCGGGUCCUUCUACUGCCACUGCCGAGAUGGCUUCCAGCUUCAAGGAACCACCUACUGCUAUUCUAAAGGAAAUUCUACAAAGUUUCUGACUGCAACGAAGGGAACUAUCGGAUUCCUUAAUCUGAAGACUCUGAGAUUCGAGUCCAUUCAGAGUAUUGGCUAUGAUCCUCUGGCCUUGGCCUUUGACCUCUCCAGGAGCUCUUUCUACUGGGCUGAUGACCAGGGGAACAUCUACAAGGCUAAGGAGCAGCAGCACAGGAUCCUUUAUCAUGGACAAUAUGGGGUUAGAAGUCUAGUCUGUGAUUGGCUGACAGGCCAGCUGUACUGGACCAACCAGAAGACCCGGUCUAUUCAUGUUGGAGCAGCUGAUGGGAGUGGAUUUGCAACGGUCUUGGCCAAGAACAUAGACCCUUUGGAGCUGGUCCUUCUUCCCAUUGAAAGCUUGUUGUUUUGGAUCAACAAAGGUCCAGGUGAUAAAAUUACUCUGGAGAGAUCUGGGAUGGAUGGGUUAAAGCCGGAAUCUCUGGUGGUCCUCACUGCACAGGCUCCACGGAGUCUGACCCUGGACGUUACAGCUCGGAGGCUGUACUGGAUGAGUGAUUUUAAAAAGUCCAUAGAGACUGUGCGAGUGGAUGGAAGUGGUCGCUACAGCUUUCUG